AUGUACAACAAGUCCAAAGACGACAAUGAGAACAUCUCCGACGAUGACAAGCUAUCGCUGUUUGCUGUCGACAUUGGGGACGCGUUCCUCACUGUUCCUCAGGUUCGACCAACCUACGUGACCUAUGUUCACCCUGACGGGAGCAAAGAGCUCUUCUACCUGGGGUUUGUCUUGCCGGGUCAACGAUCCGGGUCAAGCGACUGGUACGACGACUUCACGAAGUUCUUGAGUACCAACCUGGACAUCGUCGAAUGCCCAGCGCAUCCUUCGCUAGUCAAGACUGCAGACCAGACUUCAAGGUUUGCAAUGCAGCUUCAUGUUGACGACAUGUUAGGUUUCGCAAAGCGGAAGUUUGUACAUGAGACGUUCCUACCGACCUUAAAGAAGAAGUACAAGGUCACAGCCCAGUUGAUUGAGAACGUUGGGGACUUUGUGACGUUCCUCAAGAGAAAGCACUUGCUGGUGAGUGAGAGCGAGCUUCUUUUGACACCGAGCCCAAAGCACUUCGACAAGCUGUUUGCGCUACUUCGUUUAGAUGAGAGAGCGAGUGAUGCCGGUGAUCAAUCGAUCGUGCUCGAGAGCUUCAGAAACCUUCUUUUCUCAAGCAGCCGCAGUCAGAGAGUGGUGGCGCUUUCAUCCGGAGAGGCCGAACUUCUUCCGGCAGCCUCGAGUUUGUGCGAUGGAAUUAUGAUUCGAGAGCUGCUGGGCUUCCUCGGUUAUGGUCGUGUCAAGAUCUUUCAUCACCUCGAUGCCAGUGCCGCCAAGGCGAUCUUGGAGAGAUCCGGCGUCGGCAAGGUGCGAUUUGAUGACCAAGAGUUUGGGCAGAGCGAGAACAUUCAUGUUGAUGAGAGAGAGAAACAGACGUUCAAGCAGAGCAUGCAUGUACUUCGUAACAUUCGUGUGCCGAUCAUGAUCCCAAAGAGUGCUCUUCGUGCAAUGGUGAUGAGCAGCAUGAUUUCAAUUGGAAGCGCCUUGAGCUUUGGCAGCGGCAUGGACACGUUUGCAACUGUGUAUGCUCUUAUGUUCAUCGAGUUUCCAUUGAUGACUUUGAUGAUUUUGUACCUUUUCACGGUGGCCGUGAUUGGUACGAUCAUGUGUAUGCGCAGCCAGCCCACGGUUGUGAUCAAGAGCUUUGAUAAGCCGCUCCGGGAUGAGAAGAUGAAGGACCCAAUCGAUGUUGCAAGCCGUUCCAGCUCUAAGAGUUCUUCUGGUUCGGUUACAGGCGAAGAAGUGAUGAUCAAGCAACGGCGCAAGCGAUCCACCACAAAGAUCGAGCACCCAGUUUGGAUUGCAAGCGAGUUUGGAAAGAAGUACCACAUGAUUGGAUGUGGCAAAUUGAAUCAAUCCCUUGAGGUUGCGCAAAGCUUGUUGUGUUACGGAGUUCGCAAGAGCGUGCUGAUCAACACUGAUGCUGCGAAGUCAAACUACGCAGCAGCAGCCGGCCUGCUAAAGCGCUCGGGUCGGGAUGCCAGCAAGAUGCAGGCCGUGCCAGGGGGAACGGACUUCAUGGCCAAUGUUUGGCACUUCGGUUAUGCCCCCAAGCUUGCUGGGUGCUGGCUGGCACCGAAUGCAGCAGCGAUGUGCAGGGUCCUCGUCAUGGGCCAAGUCAGCAUCAUCGCCUUCGAGCUCUCCAACGUCGUCGAUGUGCUUGGCGAAGUCAGCUGCGACUCCAUGAGCGAGGCCCUCUUGUCAUUGGACCAGUCAAGUCCAAACUGGUCCCGCCUGAAGGGUCGCAUGAUCGAGAUGCGAGCCGGUGAUGUCUUGUGGGGCGAGGCAGGGCUUCACGAUGACGUGAUGCAGCUGGCACUGGCGAUAGCUUUGAUACGUAUUGUUAUCGUUAUGAAGAAGGCGUGA